AAGAGUGCAAACAGGUUGCGCGUAAACAUGCUUUCAACAAUUUCCUGUUAACGCUAGAGGCGCCUCUGUUGUUGAUGGCUUCUUGCUGCUAGAUUGAUGUAGCAUUUUACUAGAAGCAGUCAUCCCUUGCUUGCUAGCCAAUAUGAUAACAUUUAAUUGGUUGCAAAUUACAACGUAAUGGCGUCUUUACAAUGCUUCUUGUUUUCGUUCGUUAGCCAUCUUUCCGUCUGAUUCAGCACCCUUGACAGUUAAAUGGCAGUUCCCUUCAAAAUCCCCAAGAGAAAACAGCCAUCAGAAGCUGACAACAUGCACAUGCAGUCCCCUCUCUCACGUCUCCGGGAUACCUCCAGCCCAUUCGAGACAAGCUGGUGCAAUGGCUCUUCAAAUGGAAAAAGGCCUGAACAGGUUGGCUCUCUGAAUGGACACAUCCCCAGAGCAGGGAAACAGAGCACUCCUAACCGGCUACUUCUGAGGGAUGUCUGUGAAGCGCGUCUUGGACCUGGCCAAUCGGACAAAUGGACCUCCAGCCAGUCAACAGGCUUCCAGAGACCAGCUCAGACCCCAGAACAUCAUCCACCGUCCAGAACACCUCACAUCCAAUCAAGCCCUGUGACAUCAUCAUCAACACACAAAGCUGAACAAAGACUCCCAGCAGCCUCUCCUCCCUGCUUCAAAAAUGGAUGGCGCCCUAAGAGGGCAUCAGACACACUGUGUCGGGACAAGAAUCAAGAGACUGGGUGUGUGUCGCCACUGCUCAAGACGCGCCGUGCAGAGUUCAGUGGAGAUUCCCAAAUGUCUGUGAGAUGCAGCCCAGUGCAGUCGGAGCAGGAUUCUGCAUCAGAACCAUCUCCAGAAAGAGAGGUGGACAGUUCCUCAAAGACGGACGACAGGCUCUCUGUCUCCCCAGGAGACUCAACAUGGAGGAGACAUGACUCUGGGAUGAAUGGAUCUCCUCCACAAAACACAGAGGAGGGGAAGGGAAGUUCAGGAUCACUGCAGAAACAGAUCAAGAGGACUAGUGGUUCACCAGGGACGGGCCCCAGGGGAAGUGUCCCUGUCCCAGCAGGCCACCGAAGCCAGAGCCCAGAUAGUGACGACCCUCCCGACCGCCCCUUGAUGUCAGGGGCCAGAGGUGCAUCCACAGGGUCCCCGAGACACCCCCUCUCCGCUGUGGCUUCAGUGACCCAGGCCACACAGGAGAAACGGUUUUCCUUUAGCAGGCCUCCCCUACGGGCUAACCUCACAGACAGAGAGAGCAGACCUCCCCUCCGGGCUAACCUCACAGACAGAGAGAGCAGGCCUCCCCUCCGGGCUAACCUCACAGACAGAGAGAGCAGGCCUCCCCUCCGGGCUAACCUCACAGACAGAGAGAGCAGGCCUCCCCUACGGGCUAACCUCACAGAGAGAGAGAGGAGGCCUCCAACCAAGUGUCUCUCCCUCCAUCUCAGGCUGAGGAGGCCCAAGCCCACUUCCACAGAACCUAUUGUGCUUUCCAGUGAGGAUGAGGAGGACAUGGAUGAUGAAGAAGAGUGCCCCAGGCUGAAGACCCCACAACAGAGCCCCAGGCAAGGCCAACCCACCCCAGAGGAACAUGUACCCAAACAGGCUGUGGUUGGAGAGAAGGUCACAGGGUCACAGAGCGUAUCGGAGCACCAACCUGGCAGCACACAGCCACUGCCUCCUAUCAUGGAACUGUCCUUCUCUACACUGCACGCUGGGGUGGUCCGAGCGCAGGCCAAUGGAAACCUGGUGGUAACAGAUGAUGGCAUCACUCUACCGCUGAAAGAUUCCAGGGUGUCAUCCGAGGAGGAGGGGGGACUGUCGGUGAGCCUGGUGGCGUCCCAGCUCAGAGGGUACGCGGUGUGGGACGGGGGUCUAGCGCAAGACGGGAGUCUCUUCCAGGGUUGUCCCGGCCGAGCGGCCCCCUCCCUGCUCUUCCUCUGGGUGUCUGAGGCCCAGGCCAACCUGGUACAGACAGAGCUCUCAGCCCUCCACCCCGUUACACUGCCUGGUCAGGCCUGUCCAUUCCUCCUCCUGGUCCUAAGAGAACAGCUAGGUGAUCUGCAGGCUGCUCUGCUAGCCUCCAUGCUGGAUGUAGAGGCCUUCCGUCAGGGCCGCUCCUACGACCUGAAGAGUCCCCUGUCCUGGGCAGACGGCCUGGCACUGAUACACAGCUGUCCCCAGGACGCCCACCUCCUCACCCUGCUGGGGCAGAGCCUGCUGGCAGACCCCAGCCUGGGGACAGCAAAGGGGAGCCCCAGUCGGACCAGAGGGAACCACAGAAGCAGAGAGCCUUACUCCAGACUCAAGGGCCUGCUGCCCACCAGGUUGAUCCAGUACCCACCACUCCCUUCUAAAGGAGGAAUCACCGUGACAACAGAGGACCUAGACUGUCUGGACAGUGGCCAGUUCCUCAAUGAUGUCAUCAUCGACUUCUACCUUAAGUAUCUUCUCCUGGAGCGGGCCCCGGGGCCCCUGGCAGAGAGAUGUCAUGUCUUCAGCAGCUUCUUCUACAAGCAGCUGACCCGCCGGGACACGUCCCUGGAGGAGGAGGCUGCCAUUCCAGCCAGGGACAGGAGACACCAGAGGGUGAGGACGUGGACCCGCCAUGUUGACAUCUUCAACAAGGACUACCUGUUUGUGCCGGUCAAUCACAAAGCCCACUGGUACCUUGUGGUGAUCUGUUUCCCUGGCCUGGAGCAGGCCCAGCAUGAGGAGUGGUCUGGCCUAGCUGGAGUGGAGGCCAAUGGGGGGAAGAGGAAAUGCCAGCCCCAGGCUUCAACUGGGCCUUCUCCAGAAGCCAGCAACCCCAAACUGCAGAACGGAGCAGGUGGAACAGGUGGAGACAGUGGGAAACCUACAUUGAGGACCCACAACCCACCAGCGUGUACCCAAGAUGGUUGUCAGAGGGAGACCAUCAUUAAGAAACCCUGCAUUCUCAUCAUGGACUCCCUGAAGAUCUCUUACCAUGAGAGCAUCUAUAAGCUCUUGCGGGAUUACCUACAUGUAGAGUGGGAGGUGCGUAGAGGAACACGCAGAGACUUCACUGUAGACAGUAUGAAGGCUUCCCACUGUACAGUCCCUCUACAGAACAACAGCAGCGACUGUGGCCUCUACCUCCUGCAGUACGUGGAGAGCUUUCUGCAGAACCCAGUGGUGCACUUUGACCUCCCCCUGCGUUUGGAGCGCUGGUUUCCACGGCAACAGGUGUGGAGGAAGAGGGAGGAGAUCCGGAGCCUGGUGAUGGAGCUGCACGGUCGCCAAGGCAAUGGCGGGAGCAGCUGCAGGUAGCCAAGGUACCUGAUCAGCAAUGCACUACUACUACAAUACCCCUAAACUGUGAAGGACUUUUACUUUUUAAAUGUACAAUACAUGUAAUAUCUAUUUUUGUAUUACUAUUUUUUUUAAAUAAAAUGUCACAGGAUGUUUGUUUCUCACUUGUAUGUAAUGUGCAUGUACAAAAUAAUAGGAUUGUAAAAUUGAAUAAAAUUGUUCAUGUAAUGUUUAGUUUUUAUGUUAUGUUAUAGAAGAGAGCAUUUGGAAUGGACAUUAUUACACAAGGAUAUGAGUGAGUGCUCAAAUCUAGUUUGCUGAGCAAAAGUGUAACUCAUGUACCCAGAACAGGUUUCUUUUUCAAAUGUCCUUAUGACUCACACAUAAAACCACUAUAAAUAUUAAAGUCAAUAUUACUCAGUUAUUCCUGUUCAGUGUGUCAGGCUGCUGUUUCUGACCAUAAAGGACUCAAUAUGCACAUGAUUGUUUGCAGCUGCUAAACAAUAGUGUUAUCACUACAGACAAGUCAACACAUUGGCAGUGUUUUAGUUUUGGCUCCUCAUGUUGUAGCUGCUUAGUUUGUAAGGAAAACCCCGUGUUCCAGUGGGGAACACUGAGUAAGCUUACACAAUGACCACUUGUAAUAUGAUGAUUAGAACAGCACCUCUCCCCUGUUCUGUUUACAGGCAGAACUCAAUUCCCCUUUGUGUUUGUGCUGUAUGAAAGUCUAUGGACCUGACUCACUCUGUCAUAAGAAACAGAAAUAACAUUCUCCCCACACAGUAAGGGUUUCCAUUUGAGUUUCUGUUUGUUUUCACGGUGUAAACAUUGAUUUGUUAAUGGCAUGUUUAUAAUGAUGUAUUUACAAUGAUGUAUUUAUAAUGUGGUAUAUUCCUGGAUUAAAGAUGCCCCCAAAGUCUACCUA